AAUGACGAAGCCGGCAACGCACCGGAGAAAAUUAUCGCCGCCGCCUACCAUCCUGGCCUCCUCCUCCUCCUCCACCUCGCCCCAAAUCCCGAAGAAAUAACCUCGUCACCCUACUUCCUACCCGAGCUCAUCCCCCAGAUCACGAUUCUCCUGACCACCCUCCAGGAUUUCUUUGCCCUCCGUGCAACCUACCGGGAUCUCCUCCCUCCGUCGCCGUCCAACCUCGCCUCCCAAGCCCCGCACCUCCUCCUUGUCCCUGGAUCUGGAGCCCUGUUCCACCUCCCCCUCCGUCGUCGCCUGCGCUUCUGCCUCCCCUUCCAUGAUGUUGAUCCUAACCAUGCCGCCUUCUACUCUUUCGGCUGUCGCAUCGCCAUGGCCAGCCCUAGCCACCACGAGCUUAGCUUUGUCCACCUCCUCACAGGCGAGCGAUUUCGCCUCCCCCAUCCACCGUCACCCUUCUGUCGCCUCCUUCUCUCUGGCAAUCUCGUCCUUGCCUUUGUUCCGACGGUCGGCCGUGCCGUCCAGUACUGUCGCCUUGGGGAUAUUGAGUGGCGUGUGGCAUCAUGCACUGAACCCUAUGUGCUUGAGGAUUUGAUCUUUCACAAGGGCAACCUGCAUGCGUUGGUCAGAUCUGAAGAUGCCAGCAGCCUAUGUUACCGUCUCGCUGUGGCCAAUCUGUCAGACAAGAAUUUGGUGGAAUUCAAAUUUCUUGGAGAUCAUUUGGAAUCACAGGCUGCACAUGGGAGUUUAUAUUUCUGUCUCGCUGAGUGUCUCGAUGAGUUGUUGCUCAUUGCCGCCGUUGGGGGCUUCCCAGAGAAGUUCCAUGUUUUCCGGUGGCAGUCAAGGGAGGGGAAGUGGACAAGGACUACUAGCCUUGGUGACUGCACAUUGUUCUUGACAUAUUUUUACUUUGUAGGCUAUGUUGUUCCGAUGAAAGGAAUGACAUGCUUUUCAGGUUAUUUCUUUGCAAGUUACCUUGGUCCAGACCAUCCAGGAGUUCGAAGGGACUGCUUAUACUUCACAGAUGCCAAAAGAAAGUGGAUCGAGUAUUCCUUGGCCGAUGGAUCUUGUGAUGAAUUUGUUGCUGACAACUUAGAGGGAGCUUCAAGGCCUGAUUCCGAUUUCAGGGCACCUGUUUGGGUCUUUCCGAGCAUGUGUUGAUGCGCUCCUAUGGAUCAUUGAGCUAUGUGAAAGUUAGUACAAAGUGACCCAGAAGCACAAGACGAUGCUACGUACCACCAGGAGGGGAGCAUCUCCAACUCGGAUGAGUAGUUAUCAGGGGAAUCGUUCACACUGAAACCUACUCUCCAAUAAAAGACAUUAUAGUCUACUGUACAUAUAUAAUGUUUUUUAUCCGCAGCUAUUUCACCAUGAGCAGAGUACCAUGGCCUUUGAACAUGGGUAUGUAAUGUCCGCGGCUUUGCGAACCUUUUCGACAAGCCUGUAAGGCAUAAUACUGUUUCCCGGAUGAUUUGUAGUACCAGUAUUUC